AUGGAAUUUCAGUUGCUAUCUCCCUAUAAGUUUCAGGUUGCCGGCCAUGCCUGCAGUCUUUUUUCGUCCGUUUUGAUAGAUCCACAGACACGGCUGACCAUCAAAGCAGUUGCCAAGGAAUAUUGCGAAAAGGAGGCCUUAUUUUAUGAAAACGUAUCUCUAGCUUGCCCCAACGUUCGCAUUCCAAAGUACUACGGGGUGUUUAAAGAAAUUCUCACCGACAAAAAGUACAUUGUAAUUGAAGAUUUAUUAUCAGACUAUCAAAGUCCAUCAAUCAUCGACAUCAAAAUAGGACUACGUACUUAUGAUGAUGAAGCAUGCAAAGAAAAACGGGAGAAGAUGAUUCGAAAAUCGUUGUCGACAACUUCCCGCAACUUAUUCUUCCGGAUCUCCGGCAUGAAGAGCUAUUGCAACACUAACUUUAAUGUCUCCUCAGAAACUUUAUCUCAUGGGAUGAAGAUUUUUCUUCCUAAAGAUCGCACCAUCCUUGCUACAUUAAUCCAAAAGGAGCUCUCUGAGCGGAUAUUUUAUCCGCUAGAAAGCCAAUGUGAAGCGGAAUUGUAUUCCUCUUCGUUGCUAAUUUUUUAUGACGGCUCUGCUGAGCGGAUCGGAUGUGCCUUGGUCGAUUUUGCACAUUCAAAGUUGACACCUGGAGUAGCCACCCAAAAGGAGUACGUUGAAGGGAUAAAAAAUGUGAUUUCUUUAUUCAAAUCCUUAUGUGAUAAUAAACCGGACAAUUAA